AUGGAUUCUUCAUCUUCAUCUCAAAUAUGUUACCAAGAAACUGAUCAUAUGAGCUCUUCAUAUUUUCUGUUCUCAAAAAACUGCCAAGAACAAUAUCCACUUUCCUUAGAAAACCAACAAGAACUAUGUGAGAGUGCGGCAGGGUGUGCAGCAGGAGCUUAUCAAGAAGGAUAUCAAGUAAGCCAACAAGGCCUAUAUCAGGGAAUUUAUGGUCCUUUCCAUAUUUAUCAAGGACAUCAAAUCCAACAAAAUCAAUAUACCGAACUUGAUAAUAUGAUCUCUUCACCUCCAUUUUUUCAACGGGAACCUGAUAAAAUGACCUCUCCAUUUCGACUCUCAGAGGAGCGAACUCAGGAAACUAUUGCCAAGCUCAUUUCUCUUCUUAAUAAAAAUGACUCUCUACUUGCGACUGCCAUUGCUAUUAAUAAUGAAAAAGAAUCUCAGCUUAAGAAUGCCAAUGCUCUCAUUAAUCAACAAGAAUCUCAACUUAAGGAUGCCAAUGUUCUCAUUAAUAAACAAGAAUCUCAACUUAAGGAUGCCAAUGUUCUCAUUAAUAAACAAGAAUCUCAACUUAAGGAUGCCAAUGCUCUCAUUAGUAAACAAGAAUCUCAGCUUAAGGAUGCCAAUGCUCUCAUUACUAAACAAGAAUCUCAGCUUAAGGAUGCUAAUUCUCUCAUUGGUUUCUUUCAGAAAUCACUUGGCAUGUAG